AUGGGCGGGGAAGAAGCAGGCGGUGGUGGUCCCUGGGGAGCGCGUCCCAGGCUCCUGCCAGCGAGCAGCAGGGCUGCAGCAGAGAGCCAGGCUGACCCGGGAUGCGCUCGAGGUCCUGGCCCCCCGCCCCAAGCUCAGCCCCUUACCAGCUGGCUCCUUGUUUGUGUUCCCCCAGAAGGGUUUGCGAGAAGAAAGAAGACUUCCCUGUGGUUUGUGGGGUCUCUGCUGGUGGUGUCCACCUCCAUCCUGACCGUCGGCCUCGCUGCCACCACCAGGACGGAGAACGUGACCAUGGGCGGCUACUACCCCGGGAUCAUUCUGGGCUUCGGAUCCUUCUUAGGAAUUAUUGGCAUCAACCUGGUGGAGAAUAGAAAGCAAAUGCUGGUGGCGGCCAUCGUGUUCGUCAGCUUCGGCGUGGUGGCCGCCUUCUGCUGCGCCAUCGUGGACGGCGUGUUCGCCGCGCGGCACAUCGAGCCCAGGCCCCUCACCGCAGGAAGGUGCCAGUUCUACUCCAGUGGGGUCGGCUACCUGCACGAUGUCUACCAGACGGAGGUGACCUGCCACUCCCUGAACGGUAGAUGCCAGCUGAAGGUGAAGAGUAACACCUGCUACUGCUGCGACCUCUACGACUGCCACAGCACCGAGCACCCGCCCACCUACUACGAGUUCGUGGGUGUUCGCGGCUGCCAGGACGUGCUCCACCUCUAUCGGCUGCUCUGGGCCUCGGCGGCGCUGAACGUCCUAGGCCUGUUCCUGGGCGUCGUCACCGCGGCCGUCCUGGGGGCCUUCAAGGACAUGGUCCCGCUGUCCCAGCUGGCCUACGGCCCGUCCACAGCGCCUCAGGCCCUCUACAACCCCGCCCAGCAGAUCCUGGCCUCCACGGGCUUCGGCCCGGUGCCCCCGGCUGUCCCCACCUGCUCGUCGUACCCGCUGCCCCUCCAGUCCCCUGGUGGCUUCCCGGCCUCACCUGGCUCCGACCUCUCUCUGUCCGAGGAAGUGCAGCCUCCGUCCCAGCCCGGCUCCAGCUGCCGGCCCCCCCCGAAUGCCCCCCCCAUCUUCGCCCUCACCCACUUCCUCCCCGGGGAGAAACCUCCCCCCUACGCACCGUGAUGCAGAGGGUGGAGACUGAAAACUAGUUUUUGGCUUGUUAGAAAACAGAGCACCUUCUACGAACCCUGCUUCUGUGGCCAGCCUCCUGGAGAUGCCCGAGCCCCCCUCCCCUCCCUGGGCACAUCCGGGCAAGGAGAGGCCGGACCUGCCCUGGCGGGCGGGGAGCCCUGGUGGCUAAGGCCACCUCACCCUGUGUGAAGCCACACACGAAGCCGUGCUAAAAUGCCCGCCGGAGCCGCCUUGCUCUGGUGGCGUCACUUACAAAACAGUUUCAUUUUCCUCCUAAUUCGUUAGCACUAUUAUGAUCAAGGGGACUGCGGCAGGCGCCCCCGUGUGAGGACCACUUUCGAGGAAACGCGCUGUGUUUGUAUUUAUGUGUGUGUCCCCGGCGAGGGCAGGGUCACCACCCUCAGCGCUGCACUCCUGGUCCCCACGCACUCGAGUGAAAACUUGUCCCAGCUCAAAUAUAAGUGCUGUUUCCAAGGCCUGCGAGUGGUCUGAGGUCUGCGUGUGCUCUGUUCCAAUCGCGUCCCGCAGCUGCGUGUGUCCUGUGUACGGUGUCCAGGCCCCCGACUGUCAGCCUUCGUGGAGAAUCCAGGGAGCCUGGUCUGUUCUGUGGGACACACUGUGUGGGCCCCCGCCCGCAGAGCAGGUGCCCCUAAGAUGCAGCCUCUCUGCUGAGAGACCCCUGGAGUGGGGGGGGGGGGGCUCUGGCCCAGCAGCCACGGCCUGGGUGAAGCCGUGCCCAGAACAGACCAAUGGCUACCGACCAGGGCCCCACAUGCACCUGCCCACUGCCAGACACACCUGAGGAAGCAGGCGAGCGUGGCCUUGGAGCCAAUCAAAUCCUGGUCGAGAGACAGACCAGAGUCUGUCUCAGAGUUACAGAGUUACAGUCGUGGAUGUUUGGGGAAAAGAGAUGGCGGA